AUAUGCGGCGUGCGCGCAGCGGCCGGAAGCGGCGGCGGCCCCGGCCCGGGACUCGCCCGUGUCCGGCGGCGGCAGCGGGAUCGGGGCUUCGCGCCGCCGGUGCGGAGCCGUGCGGCCGGGCAUGGGGCCGCCGCGGGGCUGAGCAGCGCGGCCCGCCCCAGCGCCCGCCAUGACCUGCACCAUCGAGAAGAUCCUUACGGACGCCAAGACGCUGCUGGAGCGGCUGAAGGAGCACGACACCGCCGCCGAGUCGCUCAUCGACCAGUCCGCCGUCCUGCACCAGCGUGUGGCCGCCAUGAGGGAGGCGGGCGCGGCGGGGACCGAGAAGGGCCCGGGCGCCGCGGCGGAGCGGCCCGACCCGUCCCGGCUGCGGCCGCACCUGCUCCUGUCCCAGGAGAACACGCAGAUCCGCGACCUGCAGCAGGAGAACCGGGAGCUGUGGAUUUCGCUGGAGGAGCACCAAGAUGCGUUAGAGCUUAUUAUGAGCAAAUACAGAAAGCAGAUGUUACAGCUUUUGCAGGGGAGAAAAGGUGAAGAUGCAGAACCGGUCUUGAAAGUUCAUCAAGCUAAUUCUUUGGAAAUUGAAAGUCAAAUAGACAGAAUAUGUGAGAUGGGCGAGGUGAUGAGAAAAGCUAUUCAAGUGGAUGAUGAUCAGUUCUUUAAAGUUCAGGAGAAACUAGCUCAGCUGGAGUUCAUUUCUGUUUCAGCGAAAAUAUUGAUUUUGCAGCUUGAAAACAAAGAGCUGCGUGAACUCUUGUCAAUCAGCAAAGAAUCUUUUGAGGUGGGGAGAGAAGAUCUGCCUGACUGUGAAGCGUAGGUCACAAAAUAACCUUAUCUCCAGAACCUGACUUCAGAGACUGUUACGAAACUACCCUACAAGGCUGGGUUUCGAUUCGUUCUUUCUUGUAUGUUUGCUUUAUCUUUCAAACGUGUGGGCUGUUUUCUCUGCGUUUUUCUGAAAUGACAUACUCUUGAUGGCAAAGGCUUGCGUUGCUGCUCCGUUGUAGUAAUUGCAGCAUACAGAUGCUUAACAAUGACAUAUUUAUGAUGUGUAGUCCCUUGUGAUAGUUUUCAUUUCCCUGUUUUUGUUAUUUUUGUGAGCUUUAGUUAAUAACUCCAACUUAAACCCACCUGUUCAGUAGCUAGAGAACAUAAUACAGGUGAUUCUCUUAUUUGGUAGAAGGGAUAUUGUUCAAAACCUCCAUUGUAAAUGGUAGGGGCACGUUUUGCUCUGCCUGCACAAAGCAGACACGCUGAGGUUUUGUUUUGCUCUGAAGAGCUGCCGCUCGGCGUUUGGCUGCGUUAACGUCGUCGCUUGGACAGCCGCGCAGAAGCAGGUCAGGAGAACCGCACUUGAAGUAGUAACUACGUCAGGAGCAUACUUUACCUUGAUUUACGGGUGAAAAUCGGAGUGGUGACCCAUUCUGACACUUGUGUGUUUUUGAAGGAUGUUAUUUAGCUAUUAUUUUUAUGGGUAGACCUGUCCCAUCUUCCCCAGUGCUCCAGGGUGGGUGGCUGCUCUGCGGGCAGCGCUCUCAACCCCGCACAGAACACGGCCCGUAGAUCAAAACUCUUCGGCCUCCCACCGCUUUGGGCUUUGGGAAGGACGAGCUGAGGCGUCCACCUCAAAACUAAACCAAAACCAACCACAUCAACACGUUUUUAAUGUUGCAUCACAGGUAAGUGUAGCAACAGAUGUUACGUAGUUAUUGCAGAAUCCUACAUUGAAUGAAAUUAGAGUUGCAGCGUUGUAGGAAUUUCUCAAUAUUGUGAUAUUUUUAAUGACGUUUUUAUAUAAAGAUUUCUUUCUUACCUGUGAUUGAAGAAUAAUCCUCCAAGAGCAGGAAACGUCUCAUUUCCAAUAUUAGUUGCAAUUUUUAUGCCACUUCCUCCCAAGUGAGAAUUUUGGUAGGUGCGGAAGGUGAUUUACAUUCCUGUGCUUGUUAAGAGACAUUUUCUUGCAACCGUUUGGAAUAUCCAGCAAGAUUGUUUGGAAGUUAAGGGAUUUCUGUACAGGAGUAUUCUUGUAUACAAUCCUUUUCUAUUAGAACUUGUGUAAGAGGGAAUAAAAAACCCCGAUGGGCAGGAUUUUCUCAA